GGGAGAGAGAGAGAAUCCCAAGCAGGCUCCAUACCCUGUGCAGAGUCCGACAUGGGGGUCCAUCCCACAACCCUGAGACCACCACCUGAGCCGAAACCAAGGAUCAGUUGCUCAACUGGCUGAGCCACCCAGGCCUCCAUGAAUUUCAGCACCCCCGAGUACCCCGACUAUGGCACUGCCACCCUGGACCCCAACAUAUUUGUGGAUGAGUCUAACACCCCCAAGCUGUCGGUCCUGGAUAUGAUCGCCCUGGUAAUCUUCGUGAUGGUCUUUCUGGUGGGGGUGCCAGGCAACUUCCUGGUGGUCUGGGUGACGGGCUUCGAGGUCCGGCGAACCAUCAAUGCCAUCUGGUUUCUCAACCUGGCGGUGGCCGAUCUCCUGUCCUGCCUGGCGCUGCCCAUCCUGUUUUCGUCCAUCGUCCAGCAGGGCUACUGGCCCUUUGGCAACGCUGCCUGCCGCAUCCUGCCCUCGCUCAUCCUGCUCAACAUGUACGCCAGCAUCUUGCUCCUGGCCACCAUCAGCGCCGACCGCUUUGUCUUGGUGUUUAAUCCCAUCUGGUGCCAGAACUACCGAGGGGCCGGGCUGGCCUGGGCGGCCUGCGGCGUGGCCUGGGCCGUGGCCCUGCUGCUGACCGUGCCCUCGUUCAUCUUCCGCGGGGUGUACACCGAGUACUUUCCGUUCUGGAUGACGUGCGCCGUGGACUACGGCGGGGUCGGGGUCCUGGUGGAGAGGGGCGUGGCCAUCCUCCGGCUGCUCGUGGGCUUCCUGGGGCCGCUGGUGAUACUGAGCAUCUGCUACACCUUCCUCCUGAUUCGGACCUGGAGCCGGAAGGCCACCCGCUCCACCAAGACGCUCAAGGUGGUGGUGGCCGUGGUGGUCAGCUUCUUUGUCCUCUGGCUGCCCUACCAGGUGACGGGGAUGAUGAUGGCUUUGUUCCACAAGCACUCGGAAAGCUUCAGAUACGUGUCCCGCCUGGACUCGCUGUGCGUGGCCGUGGCUUACAUCAACUGCUGCAUAAACCCCAUCAUCUACGUGGUGGCCGCCCAGGGGUUCCACAGCCGCUUCCUCAAGUCGCUGCCCGCCAGGCUCCGGCAGGUGCUGGCCGAGGAGUCCGUGGGCCGGGACAGCAAGUCUUUCACGCUCUCCACGGUGGACACCCCAGCGCAGAAGAGCCAGGGGGUGUGAGGGGGGCCUCCCGGCUUCCCCCUCCCACCUGUCCCUUCCCCCUCUGCUGAUUUUAACCCAGCCCCUGGUGGGGAGCUGGCCUGCGAGCGAACUCCCCUCCAUUCCUUCCUUCUUCCCCACACCCGUCCUCCCUCACUUCCAGGAUGAACGCGUCCCUCCGGGGACCCUCAACUUUCCUUUUCCAUCUGAGGACUUUGGGAAACAAGCAGAAACCAGGAUUACUCGGAGCACCCCCCGAACAGCCCUAUGUCUGCUGCAGGUGGAGAUUGUGCAUGGGACACAUUCGAUACAUAGAAAAGAGACAAAUAGGAACAUUCUAACCUUGGGGCGCCUGGGUGGCUCAGUUAAGCAUCUGCCUUAGGCUCGGGUCAUGAUCCCAGGGUCCUGGGAUCGAGUCCGACGUCGGACUCCCCGCAGGGAGCCUGCUUCUCUGUCUGCCUGUGUCUCUGCAUCUCUCUGUGUCUCUCAUGAAUAAAUAAAUAGAAAUAUUUAAAAAAAUGAAUGAAUACAAUCUUAAAGAAAAAGAAAGAAACAGUCUAUUCUUUAAAAAAAAUGGUGACGUGUUUAUUUUACAGAGACCUGUGGGGAAAAAAAAAACCUAAGGAGCAUCUCAAAAAGUAUUCUUGUGAGGGACAAAGCAAAAUUCACUGGCUAAGCUUUUCUUUUCUUUCUUUUCUUCUUCUUUUUUUUUUUUGGCUAAGCUUUUCUAAGUGAGUUGAUUUAAAAAAAAAACAAAACAGUAAGUGAAGGUCUUACUAAUCGGGUUUUGAGAAAACAUAUUCAGUAAAAAGAUGUUCAAUGGAUUUGGCGAAAAGCAAGUGUGAGGAAGGAGUGCCGAAGGGAGAGGCUGGGAAACAUUGGUUAGGCACCUCAGGGGAAGACGGUCAUGGGGAAAUUUGACUUUGGACUUUGUAAAUUGCUGUUUUGUGUGUAUGUCUCAAAAAAAAAAAAGAAAAAAAUGAAAAAGAAAAAGAAAAAGAAAAACUUUCUUUUCUUCUUUUUUUUUUUUUUAGAAAGAAAGAAAGAAAAUUUUAAUGUCACUGUAGAUACAGAGGGAUCCUGUGUGCCCCUGACCUGCUGCACUAUAGGGACCUCUUGCAAAAUGAUGUUGCAAGAUCAUGGCUAGGAUGUUGCCAUUGUUACCCUGGGGGUGUAGGACAUUUCCAUUACCACUGGGAUUCCUCGUGAUGGCCCAUGUCCCUCCAUCCUCCAGCCUUGUCCUGGACCCCUGGCAACCACCAUUCUGCUCUUCAUAUUUUGCCCUUUCAAAGGAAUGCUCUAUCAAUCGUGUAAACUUUUGGCUUAAAAACUAGUCUGGGGGCGACUGAGGGGGGGCGACUGAGGUGACUCAGUCGGUUAAGUGACCAACUUGAUUUUGGCUCAGGCCAUGAUCUCAGUCAGGAUUCUGGGAUCAAGCCCUGCUUUUGGGGGUGUCUGCACUCAGUAGUGGAGUCUGCUGGAGAUCCUCUCUCUCUCCCCCACUGCUCCUCCUCCUGCUCACGUGUUCUCUCCUCUCUCUCUCAAAUAAAUAGAUAAAUCUUAAAAAAAAAAAAAAGAAAAAAGUAGUUUGCAGCACUUGAAUAAUGAAAAUAAAAAAAUAAACAUUGUAAUGUGUUAUUUGUAAUCAAUUUUAAAACAUUUCUGUGGGCACUUGGGUGGCUCAGUCGGUUAAGCGUCUGCCUUUGGCUCAGGUCAUGAUCUCAGGGUCCUGGUAUUGAGCACUGUGUCAGGCUCCCUGCUCAGUGGGGAGUCUGCUUUUCCCUCUGCCCUUCCCCUCUGCUUGUGAUCUCUCUCUCUCU